UAAAGCCCCGUCAAACUUGCCAUCUUUCCACGAUUUAGAAACAUUACAAGAUAUGAAGUACGGAAAAUUUUAGAUAAAAAUGGUCGGUAUGGCGAAUAUGGACGAGCAUGAGAGAAAAAUUGUGAUGGAAUUUGUACAUUUACUAGAAAAAUCUAAACAACUGUUCAAUGGUUUAAGGGAUUUGCCUCAAUAUGGCCAUAAACAGUGGCAAGCAUACUUUGGCAGAACUUUUGAUAUUUACACAAAAUUAUGGAAAUUUCAACAGCAGCAUCGUCAAAUUCUAGAUACAAAAUACGGGUUAAAACGGUGGCAGAUAGGGGAAAUAGCGUCCAAAAUUGGUCAACUGUAUUAUCAUUAUUACUUGAGAACUAGUGAAACUAAUUAUCUAAAUGAAGCAUACUCAUUUUAUGCUGCCAUACGCGGUCGUGCAUAUUAUUCAAGAGCAGCAAAAGAAGAUAGGUCUGAAUUAAUGGUUAAGAAGUUAAGAUACUAUGCUCGAUUCAUAGUCGUUUGCCUUUUAUUAAGACGAAUGAAGUUAGUUAGAGAAUUAAUAGUAGAAUUAGACAGACAUAUCGCCGAUUACACGAGUACGUACGAGCCUGACGAUCAGAUCGAAUGGAGUUUAGUCCUAGAUGAAAUCAAGGGAUUUAUUCAAUCUGACUCUCUAGUACAAGUUCUACACGCCGAUACUAAUCCGAUUGUUCUUUCACAUAGAUUGAGCCCUUUAACAACACCGCCUGUAGAAAAAUCACAAUACAUGAAUUUAACUCUACAAGAGAUUUUGAUAAUAGGGAGUGCAUCGGAACAGGUUAAAUUCUCAGAACUGACAAUGGAUAUGUUCCGAAUGAUUCAAACGCUAGAGAGGGAGCCUCAAGAAGAUUUCAAUCAUAUUUAUGAUGCUUCUCCAGCUCCAGGAAGAGUGCCCUAUGGGAUAAAUCCGCCAAAAGGGUAUAUCGAAAAUGGAGAUAGGCCAUCAAGAAGGGAAAAUCCUCACAAAUAUCUAUUGUACAAACCCACGUUAAGUCACGUCUUAGUAUUUUUAGCUAGUGGUUUUAAAGAACUACCUACCAAUGGUGCUCUAUUAUUGUAUUUAUCCGCCGAUGGAUGUUUUUCGACUACAAAACAUCCAGAAGAUAUGGGAUACGAUCUUGGUGGCGUUCUAACUAGUAGCCGAAGAGACGGAGACCACAAAAAACAAAAAGAAGCUCACUGCCUUUACCCUGGUGAUUUAUAUCCAUUCACAAGAAGACCGCUAUUUGUCAUCGUAGAUUCAGACAAUAGUUUCGUAUUCCAACACAUUCCUAGAUAUUUUGGACAACCGUUAGUUACUUUAAUGUCACCUCAAGAUACACCACCAGCUUUUCAAGAUCAACAACACAAUGGUUCUUUAUUUACGUUAUUUUUACAUUCUCCACUAACAGCAUUCUGUUACUGUUGCAAUUUAACUACUAUUCCAAUACAUCAUUGGGAGAGAUGUCAAAGUUUUGUUGAUCGUUUCGUUACAGAAGCAUCUCGCCUUUUCACCAGAUCACGUGUUGAAUCUUCAUAUCUGCAAUUCUUCGGUGAUGAUUUCCUGCGCCUGUUGCUACUUCGGUACGUGUUCUGUGAUGUGGUACUGCACUUGCACAGAGCAUUCAAAGGUCGCCAAUACCGUCCCAGAUGUCAGCCUCCUUUACCCGAAGCCGAGUUACUGGAGCAUCCUUCGCUGCAACACCUGGUGUUAGAUCUUGCAGCCCACCUUGAAGUGCGAACUCACUUCAUGGACGGGCACGAGGUCGAAUGAUCCAGGGCGUCGUCCUCAUGGCCAUGUGUGGGGUUUAGUAAAAACUGGACAUCAUCUUCACGGCAUAUCCAUGAGGAUGGAUGCGAAGCAAAAAAUAGGUCUUUGAUUCGUAUAAUAAUGUUGAUUGCCUUCGCCGUAGUGGUUUUGCUUACAAACACGCGUUUUUUGUGGAUGAUUGUAAGAGCUUUGAAUUUUUUUUGGACUCUUUACACAGUUUAUGGCAGAUUAGUUUGCAAGUACCUGCCUGUUUUGGAGUUAGUCUGUCUGAUACUUAUCGAUAAAAAGCGCAAAUUAGAAUAUGAAGGGUCCUUUGGGACAUAUCUUAAUUCGAAACAUUCAAUUUCGGUGAUAUUGUUCACAUAGCUCAAAAAUUGAGCACGUUGUCUUUCAAAAAUUCCGUUCAUAUAUCGAAUUAAAGUAAUGAAUAUACACCUUUUGGACAUUACUACAAAGUAAGUACAUACUUUUUUAACAUUACCAUUAUGUGGCCAGUCUUUAUACUUACGUAAAUUGCUAAAUGUUAUACUUAAAUUAUUUCAAUCAACUCACUUUCGAAGCAAAUAUUUUUGUAUACAGGGUGAUUGAUUAGUGGGGUAA